CUAGAAUCCCUGUCGAACGUAUAUAGGUGGUGUAGAUUGUGUUUGUUUCAAAGAAACGGUAGAUCGUCGUCUUGCAGAGAGAUUUUCCAAAAUUCUAAUAAAAACCAUUAAAGUUGUAUAAAAUCCGACUCAGACUUGGAUUAAUUGUUAAACCAGUCUUUCAAAAUGGGGCUGGCUCAAAGUGCAUGCACCUACGUUUUGGAUAAUACGAGGAAUUACCGGAGGAAGCGAAGGCGUCAUUCAGGUGGAUGGCAAUUGAGUUAUACCGAAGAAGAUGAUAGUGACAGUGAUUCCAAAGUGUAUGCAAGCAAAAGGAUGCGCCUGAUGACCACAUCUCAGUACAUCUACAAAGCACUUUUUCAAGAAGGUAAAAACCAUGAUGUUACUCUUGUUAUAUUUGAAAAAGAAUGGAAUCUCCAUAAGAUCUAUCUCUGCCAGAGCCCAUAUUUUGCCAGCAUGUUUUCAGGAUCUUGGAAGGAAUCAGACCAGAGUGUCAUUCAAAUUGAAAUACUAGAUUCCAAUAUAAACUUUGACUCAUUGAAUACUGUAUUGGGUUCUCUUUAUCAAGACGAGCUCAUAAUUCAGCCCUCUGAAGUAGUUUCAAUAUUGGCUACAGCGGCACUUUUGCAGCUUGAUGCAAUUAUUUCAAAAUGCUGUGAAGUAAUGACUCAAACGGUGAAUAUAAAGACUGUUAUUAGAUACUAUGAAUCUUCGAAAAGUUAUGGCGUUUCCGCUGUUGAAAAGGCAUGCCUUGAAUGGUUUUUGGUGAACCUGCUAUGCUAUGUUCCUGAAACACCAGAUCGCUUACGCGAAAUCAGUAUUGAUCUAAUGGAGUUGUUGGUGACAUCCCAGAAUCUCUGUGUAGUCCAGACAGAAUUUUCUCUCUAUGUGUUACUUAAGUUCUGGCUAUAUCUUAAAUUCCACCCUAAUUGGGAAGGAUCUGCCCAAGACGGAAUUUCAUGUGCCCAUAACUAUUUCAAGGAGCAAGGUUCCGAAUCAGAUUUAGAGUUCCUUUUAAGGGACGUUGGAAGCCCUUACUUGAAAGCCUUCCGUGGACUUCGGCUUGCGUCUUUGAUUGGGCAUCCACAAGACGUUGACAUGAUACUGGGCGAUCGCAUUAUACCAGCAUCCCUCCUUCUCCCCGUCUUUCGCAUGCAGUGGUAUCGUAUGCUGCAAACGGACCAAGGAUACGAUAAAGGGCCUUGUAAUCUCACUGAGAUUGAAUUUAAUCAACAUAGUCUAAGAUGCGGACGAGUACUUGGUGCCAGUAGACACCAAAUGUGGCGAUGGACUGGAUUUCACUUUGGAUUGGAUUUGGUUUUGACGUAUGAACGUGGUUCUUUAAAACUGCGUAGAAAUCAUCGGACGGAAAAUGAAAUGGCGCUUAGUCAACAAACACGUCGAAAUUUAAUGUUUAGAUUGACGAUUUACGGGCUGGACGAACAAAGAAUGGUUCGGUAUACUCAAAGCACUGGUAUACAAUCGACGACUUUGGGGAAAAACGAAGAAAUAUGCCUUAUAACAUUGGAAAAGGAAGAACUUCCGCUUUUCUUAUCGGCUAAUUUUCUGGUAGCAACACCUUUAACGCCAGGCGCUUCAGAAACCGAAGAUAAACUUGGCCUCACUGUAUAAUGAAAAAAAAUUUGAAACGUGAUUUAUUUUUAAACGACUUUUCAUACAAUGUUU